AUGGUGCAGAUCCUAGAUCUGAGCAGAAACAUUCAGCAUGACAGGAAACUGCCGCAGGGAGGUACAGGCCGCCGAGCCGCAGAGGGGUACAUGCCCGCCGAGCCGCAGAGGGGUACAGGCCGCCGAGCCGCAGGGAGGUACAGGCCGCCGAGCCGCAGGGAGGUACAGGCCCGCCGAGCCGCAGAGAGGUACAGGCCGCCGAGCCGCAGGGAGGUACAGGCCGCCGAGCCGCAGGGAGGUACAUGCCCGCCGAGCCGCAGGGAGGUACAGGCCGCCGAGCCGCAGAGAGGUACAGGCCCGCCGAGCCGCAGGGAGGUACAGGCCGCCGAGCCGCAGAGGGGUACAUGCCCGCCGAGCCGCAGAGGGGUACAGGCCGCCGAGCCGCAGAGGGGUACAUGCCCGCCGAGCCGCAGGGAGGUACAGGCCGCCGAGCCGCAGAGAGGUACAGGCCCGCCGAGCCGCAGAGAGGUACAGGCCGCCGAGCCGCAGAGGGGUACAGGCCGCCGAGCCGCAGAGGGGUACAUGCCCGCCGAGCCGCAGGGAGGUACAGGCCGCCGAGCCGCAGAGAGGUACAGGCCGCCGAGCCGCAGAGGGGUACAUGCCCGCCGAGCCGCAGAGGGGUACAGGCCGCCGAGCCGCAGGGAGGUACAGGCCGCCGAGCCGCAGAGAGGUACAGGCCGCCGAGCCGCAGGGAGGUACAGGCCGCCGAGCCGCAGAGGGGUACAGGCCCGCCGAGCCGCAGGGAGGUACAGGCCGCCGAGCCGCAGGGAGGUACAGGCCGCCGAGCUGCAGGGAGGUACAGGCCCGCCGAGCCGCAGAGGGGUACAGGCCGCCGAGCCGCAGGGAGGUACAGGCCCGCCGAGCCGCAGAGAGGUAAAGGCCGCCGAGCCGCAGAGAGGUACAGGCCCGCCGAGCCGCAGAGAGGUACAGGCCACCGAGCCGCAGGGAGGUACAGGCCCGCCGAGCCGCAGAGAGGUAAAGGCCGCCGAGCCGCAGAGAGGUAAAGGCCACCGAGCCGCAGGGAGGUACAGGCCCGCCGAGCCGCAGAGAGGUAAAGGCCGCCGAGCCGCAGAGAGGUACAGGCCCGCCGAGCCGCAGAGAGGUACAGGCCGCCGAGCCGCAGAGAGGUAA